AUACAUUCGGGUACCCGAAAUAUUUCGGUUCGGAUCUUGUUCGGUUUUAUUUCUUUAAAUACCAAAAUUUUGAACCCGUUAGGAUAUUUAAUAAAUUUUUGUUGGGUUCGGUAUUAUUUUUCGGAUUGGGUUCUGGUCAGGUCUUCGGAUUCAAGUUUUAUGCCCAGCCCUAGACUUGAUACCGAAAAAUAAUUAGGUAUAAUGAGUGUCGUUAGGAUCGGAUAUUCUGAUUUACAUAUUUGAAAGAUCGAUGGCAUAUUCUCAUUUCUAUAUUUUGUAGAAAUUGUUAUAAAAAAGUUAAGAUAUAUAAUAUUUCGAAUGUAGAUUGGAAAUUAAUAAAUAGAUAGCUCAGAAUUUAAGGAAAAAAGUCUUAAAAAUUAUAUAUCUUCUUAUCAAAUAUAACAGAAUAACAAAAUAAAGAAAUCUAAUUAAAAUGUUUGUGGUUUUUUUUGUUUGGAAGACAUGUAAUAAAGAUUUGAUGAAACCUAUUCUUAAUAACAUGUUUCUAAUGUUCUUUAUUUGUUACGAAAAAACUAAUCUAACAUAAAAAGACACGUGUAUAAAUUGUAGUGGUUUAUGAUAAACAAAAAAACUUAUGUAACAUAAAAGAUGAUCAUGAUAUAAUCUCUAUAUGAUUGAAUCUUAUAAACUGUAACCAUUGUGUUCAUAUUGGCUGGUUUCUCUAAGUUUAACAGAAAAGAAAGUGAUCUCAUACUAAAUGUUCGUCAUUGUAAGAAAGAACCAAGCAGUAAGCAUUGUUUGCUAUCAAGCGGACAAAUUAUAGUGUACUCUCUUUUUUUUGAACAUGUACUAUGAUGAAAUAUGGACAAAAAUAUUAAGUAAUCUGAUGAAUCAUGUUGCAGUUUAUGAUCUCAAGAGAAGGAAAUAUGAUCAUUUAUACGAAGAUGAGGUCUAUUUAUGGUCUUGUAUUGUUAAUGUAAUAGUAGAUAACCGUGAGUUUUGUUUUUGUAUUGUUAAUUUCGGAUAAUGAGAUUGGUUAAGUUUUAAUAGAUUUAAUGUUGGUUUAGUUUUAGUUGUCCGGUCCUUUAAUCUUAGUAGUGUAUAAUAAUAAUUAGAUGUAACAAAUUUGUAAUGGUCCAUAAAUUAAGUAGCUUUCUAACAAAAAUGAAAGAAUCCAAAAUUUAAAUGACAACUUUCAACAGUAGAUAAAUUUAGGACCCUAAAUUAAUAGAUUGGAUUAAAUUUUGUAGAAGGUAGUAAGUUACUUGCAUUGGAGAUUUGGAGUUCUCCUGUCAAAUAAAAUCAGUUAAAAGAACGACUUACAUACCACAUAUAUUAAGACCAACAACAUUUUUUAGAAUAGUUUAAAGCAAGUUUAUAACUCUAAAUCUCCCUAUGUUAGCAAAUCUUAUAAGCAUAUGGUUAUUCCUUCUUCGUCUUAUGUGCAAGCAGAAUGAGGAUUUUAGCAAACUUUUCCCAAAGAGAGCAGAGAACACGGGAAUCACUAUAAUACAAAAACAUGAAUUAGUAAGUAUACUUUUUAUGCAUCAUAUCGAAUAAGUUUCAAAAAAUGAGAGAGAAAUCUAUGGUACCGACUUGAUGUCUCGAAGAGUCUCCAGUUUCAUCAUUGGUUUGCUUGAAAAUUGAAUUGUUUCUACCUCUCCCAAAUUCAUAACCUGACCAAAAAAAAUUUAAGAGCAGAAAUGAAUAACAGUAUAUACAUAUUGUAAAUAGUGUAAAAUCAGUAGUCUUACAUUCUGAUCUGCAAUAAUCAUCUCCAAACUUACUCAUAUUAAGCACUAAACUGCUUCCAGCUAUGAAUUAUUUUGACUUGAAUCCACCAGCCUAUUUUGAAAUGUUUGAUAUCACUUGGGGUACUGUUUUUUUAGGAGGCGCCAUCUAGAUUCACGAUAUAGGUAGAGUAGGAUAUUGGUUUGAUGAGUCUUUUGGGUUGGCGUCGACCUUCUACUUAUUCAUAGCGUGAACUUGAAGACGAAGUUAAGAUAUUUAGCAAAUCCCUAGAAAAUCUAUAAAAUGGCAUAAAAUAUUUGUAUACCAAGUAAAGAUACCAAACUCGGUUGAAAAGAUCGACAAUAUAUAAUUUAUAAUAAAUGACACAAAAUAUUUGCAAACCAAGUAAAAUAUCAAAAAUCGAUUUAUUUAAAACAUUAAAUACCAAGUUAUUUCCCCUUAUUCUUCCCUUUUAUAAUAAGAUUAGACAUAAUUAACAUUUAGAUUAUAUUCGGUUUGAUAGGAUAAUUUGCAAAAUCUAUCAAAGCAGUUAUACAACGAACAAAUCCUUACUAAAAUUAAGGACAAAUUAAAAUAUGAGAUUCUCUUGUAAUUUGCAAACCGUCAAACUGUAAUUCUGUUAAACUUUGAAAUUAUUAUUUAAAUAUAAUUUUUUUAAACAUAUAGAAUAGCACGUAAGUUGAGAUAUUUUAGUAUAUGUUGCUCAAAUUAUAGUACAUAUUUGUAAGACUUAAAAAUGAUAUUGUGAAAUAACUACAUGCAUUAAGAUAUAUAGUUUUGAUAUAUAAUAAGAAAACAUAUAAUAAGAAAACAUAUAAUAAGAAAACAUAGACACAUUUGUAGUGCCUAAAUUAAACACUUUAUAUAACUACACACAGCUGAUAUCAUACACGUUUCGGUAAGUAUUUCAAACACUUUAUAUAACUAAAUUGAUGACUUGAGAGUAGUUCUAAAUAAUAUUUUGAAAUGAGUAUAUGCAUUAGUAUUUACAGUUUUGUUAUAUGAUAUAAAAAUAAGAAUGACACACAUUUGUAAUCUCUGAAAACGAAAGGGAAAUGUUUCUGGUGCUUUGAAUCUCUUUUGAGUUUAUGGUCAAACUCAGUAACAUACUCGUUGUUCUUGAUAUAUGUAGGUUAUGGAAAAGUUAAAUGUUUCUGGUGCUUUGAAUCUUCUAUAUGAAACCCGAAUUGUAUGUGUCGAUUGUUUUGGAAAUAUGCUUGAUAUAUUCUUUUGUAGUAUUUUCCUUUUUUUUUUAAGAAAAAGCCAGUGGCAUGGUAUUGUAAUUAUAGGGAAAAAGUAAGGGCAGAAUCUUAUAAGGGAUUUUGCUUUAAUAGUAUAGACUAGAUUUUGACCCGCGCUUUUAAAGCGCGGGAUUGUUUAUUUAUAUAUAUCUAUUAUUAUAACAAAUGUGUUUCUUCAUAAAAUUUAUAUCAAGUGUUUUUAUGAUUUUUAUUAUCAGUUGUUUUUAUAUGUUUAUGUGAUCCUUUUUAUCUAUAAAAUAUUAAUGCUGUGAAAUUUAUUGUUGCAAAAUUUAGUAAGAAAUUAACUUCAAAUUAUUUGCAAUAUAAUUAAUUUUACAAUGACAUGUAAUAUUAUUAAAAUUUUAAAAGACUAUAUAAUUUAAAUUAAGAAUGUUUAGCAAUAUAAUGUAAAACCAUAUUGUAAAUAUAUUUUUAUGUUUAUUAAUUGUAAAUGUGAUAUUUUAAUGUAAUAUCAGAAAAAUGUUUAAUUGUUUUGUUAACAUCAAAAUUAAAAUAUUGAAAUAAUUAAUUCAAAGUCUAUAUAAUUAAAGGUUGUUUGAUAAAUAUAAAUCGAAUGGGCCCCCAACAAAUUUGUUGUUGUCGUUUGUAGUCCAAUAAAACUAAUACUUAUUUUUGGUCUUAUAGACCAUUUGUAUAUAUAUAUUGUUUUAAGUUUUUAUUAUGCACUGAUUUUGCUUGGUGAAUAUGGCACAUGCCUAAUAUUAUGGCUGCAUUUAGUGAUAAUGUCGAAAUUUGGUUCCUAGAUUUUAGGAGAAUCACAACGUAAUAUUUAUUGUAAUUGGUUUGAAAAAAAAUCAGGCCAAAAAUAGAAGUAUAACAGUUAAUGAUUUUAUGUAAUUGUUUUGUAGAUUUGAUUGGUGGUAAUUAAUGUUGACGUUUUUUUAAAACAAAAAGCAAAAAUAGGAAAUGGCAGUCCCUUGUAAAUAACUCUCAAAAUCAAAGGCAGAAUCCUAUUAAGGAUUCUGCUUUAAUAGUAUAGAUAACUAGGAUAAGACCUGUGACUUGCGCAAGGUUAAUUUGUAUAUAUUAUCGACAAUUUUUUUUAGUAUAUUUGAUCAUUUUAUUUAUACAUAUAUAAUAUUUUUUGUUGUUAUUAUAUAAUUUCUUCCGAUGGACCAGAUCAAUUUUUUUAUUAAAAAUUGCAAAACUAAACUAUAAUUAAUAUAGAAUGGGUUGAUCAGAUUAGACAUACAAAUUAUGAUACAAAAACCUUAUUUUAUUCCACCAAACACAUUCUUGAAAAACAUGAACAAUAUUAUUUUCACAGUUCAAUUAUUUUGACAUUUAUCUUUCAUAUGGGUUUGAAAAGUUUCUGAUCAACCAUCGAAUUGAUACAUGUCAUUUUAAUGCCUUUAGUUGUAUACUUAAAGAAAACUUAUAUUUUUGUAAUUUGUAAUCUCUUUUCGAAGUCGUUUUAAUUUAAAACUUAUAUUUUUGUAAUUUAAAGUCGUUUUAAAAAAUUUAACAUAUAACAUAUAAGAAAAAAAUCUAUUUUUUUUAUUAUAUGGUUAAUGUGAUUGUUUAAUUUUUCUAAUAAUAUAAAAUUAAACAAAAAUGAAGAAAGAUGCAAAAAUUGUUAUCAAAUCUUUAUUAUUCAUAGUCAUUAAUUUCUAUAUAUAUGUUAAUCAUAUUUGGUAAUUCUGUAGCUUUUAUUUAAGUAAAAAAUACACGCUUCUUAUAUUUUGGAUUAAUAUAAUGUUCCCUAGUAAUUGUAUUUGGACCAUCAUUUUUUUAAUUAAUUCUUAAGCUGCCACAUAAGCUAAAUUGACAUCCUAAUUAAGUGACACCUAAGUAGAUUCUCUUUGUAAUUAGUAAAAACUUAAGGUUACGACUUGUUAAAGGAUCCUCAAUUAAUAUAUAGGGGAUAAGCAUUUGUGGGAUUAGGUUUGAUCGAGUUAUAACUCUUUUAGAUCAUUUUGAAUAUAGGUGAGCACAAAUUGAAUAUCCAGGUUUUAAAGGUAAUCUUAAUUGGAUUCAUUUCGUCCAAAUAAUCAACUAUACGAUUCGUCGAAUCGGAUUCGAUCCGCUCUGCAACUACCUAGAUAUUCAAUGUUCGGAUACCCAAAAUUUUUAACAUUUUUGACCUGAUAUCCAAUUCGAUCCAUACAAAUAUAUUAAAACAAAUGAAUGAGAAAUUAAAUGAAAAAAAUCAAUCUAAUAUAAAAUAAUAAUAAUUUAUUAUAAAAUUUAAAAUUUAUGUAUUGUAAAUACUUUGAUAACUAAAAUUACUUUAAUAAUAAAAUAUUGUAAAACUUACAUAAAAUAUAAUAAUUAUAUAAUUUAUAUUUAUAACUUUUUAGAUAUAUGAAAGUUUGCAUAUAAUGGAUCGGAUAUCCAUUUUUUAAAAUAUUAAUAUUUAUGCUUUGCUUCAUUUUUUACAGAUAUAUUAAUAUUUGAUUUGUUUCAUAGAAUUACAAAUAUCUAUAUUUUAGGUUCGAAUCAAAACGAAUGAUGAAUCAUAUCAAAUUUUACAAAUAUUUUGCUCAGACCUAGUUUUGGAAAAAAUAUUGUUUGUUCAUAGUUUUCUAUAUCUGAAACAAAAAGACAAUAUUAUAAUUCAGUAAUGCUUUUGUUUGAGAGAAAGUAAGAAGCAAUCAAUAUUUUUUGGGUAAUCGUUUUUACUCCAUUCCAUUGCUAAAACUCCAAUUCAGAAACUAUAGUUGUCAUCAUCUAUAGUUUUUUGAUGAAAUUUUGCAAAUAUAUUAUGUUGGAUCGGACCAAAACUAUUUUAUUUUGUUUUAUUAAAAUGAAUAUGAAGUGAGGCUUACAUUCUUGAUUAGUAUCCACUUUUCAGUUUUCACUUUUCACAAACCACACAAUAGUCUCUAGUCUAGACUAGUUGACUAGUAAAAGGUUGGAUCCAUUUUAGAAAUAUUUUAUUUAUAGUUAGGUAUUGGGUUGUCUUGACGUCCAUAGAUUCUACACACAAUAUACUUUUUUUUUUCUCUUUCUAAGCAAAUAUGUAUGUAAUAUGAUUUCAAACAGUUUUGAAUAGAACAGUGACAUGAAUAACAAAAUUAUCUUUACUCUAACAACAUUUCCUUUAAAUUUCCCCACUAGUGUUUUCCUGAAUGCGUUUAGUGAGAUACAACAAAAUACAUACAUCAGUGGCGAAAAUUAGAUUUACCAAAUCCAAGAAAAGCUGAGGGACAAAAAAAAAAGAAAAGAAAAGUUAACGGAACAGAGUUAAGGGACAACAAGUAACAAGAACCUACCUGCUUAAGCAAAGCAAAGCAAAGCUUAUAAAAAGCAACACCUUUGGUCUUCUUUAAAGUUCUUGAACAUAAACUCUUAGGACAUAUAACUUCUUCUUAAUUGUCUCUUUUUCUCGGGAAAAUCCAAAGUCAAGAUCAAAGGGAGAUUUCGUCUCUAGAGAUCUUUAGAAGAUUUUAGAUUCAAUCAAACAAUGGUUGGUAUCUUUUCCAGAUUCUCUGUUGGUAGAAGCAGCCAUCGACGAACUCAAAGUGCAAUCGAUGAUAAGGAAGUAUUGGCUCCAAGUUCUGAUGUUACUGCAUCAACUACCACAGCAGCUACUCAUGGUAUUGAAGUAGCAACAGAAUUUAAACCAGUGGAACAUCCGGUCGAGCCUUUGGACAAUGAUCAACUGAUUCAAUGUCCCUUGCCCGAACCAUCCAUUCUUAAUGAUGGAAGAAUCUGGAAGGAGAGAGUCUCUGCGUCUAUGAGGAGAAGAGGUGAUUUGCAGAUUAUGAAAGAUGAGAAUUCUACUGAAUCUGAUGGUUCAGCACCAAAACCGCCUCGCCCGCCUAAUCGUUCCAUCUUGCCAUCAUUUAGUGCCCCUGAACACAACUUGCUAAAUUUACUAGAAGAAUGCAAUGCGAUUCAGACGGUAGCUUCCAAGAACGGAUGAACAAAAGUUCCUUAUCAAGUUUAUAAGCACUUAUAACAUGCCUCUUCUUCAAACCCCUCAUGGAUCCCUAAUAUAUUAAUCCACAAGCAUUUUUAAUAAUAAACCUUGCUUUGGUAAAUUAAU